AUUUUCGUAGUUUGCCUUAUAUCAAAAGAUUUUCUGAGGCUUUUGCAAUGUUUUUCAUUGCUUCGAAACUUAGUUGUUUUGUAAGAGAAACUUUCUGUUCCAUGACAGCUUACUUUUGAAAAGAAUAUUGAGAUAAUUAAAAUUUAUUUACUUCCUUCUGUAACUAACGAAAGAGUUAAAGAAAUUAUAUGAUUAGAGAAUGGAUCCCUUGGGAAUUUCUCCAGAAAUUGUUGAUGCAUCUUCUUUGAAAAGGUGGAGUGAAAUUAGUCCUCGAGAUUUGCCUGAUUCAAGCAAUUUCGGUAACCAAGAAAAAGUGCAUGAUGUUAGCCCAUUUCCUUUCAAAUCUGAAAUUAAUAGCAAAGUUGCCUUAUGGGCAGGAGAUAUAUGCUCUCUGCGGAUUCAAGUUAUUGUUCAUUCUACUAAUGAAGCCUUAACUGACAGAAGCCCAUUAAAUGACAGGCUUAUUAAAAGAGCUGGUUUACAGCUUAAAGAUGACCUCAUUUCUAAUGUAAAAGCUUGCAGGACUGGAGAAGCUAAGUUAACUAAAGGAUAUAAUUUACCUGCUAGAUAUGUUAUACACACAGUGGGGCCCAAGUUUAAUGUUAAAUAUCAGACGGCAGCUGAAAGUGCCCUUUUCUCAUGCUAUUUCAAGGUGUUGCAACUUGUAAAAGAGCAUAACUUAGGCUCAGUUGGAUUAUGUGUAAUCAAUUCAUUAAGACGGAAUUAUCCCCCUCAUGACGGAGCUCACAUUGCCUUACGAACAGUCAGGAGGUUCUUAGAGAAAUAUGGUGAUACUGUAGACAUGGUUGUAUUCGCUGUUGAAGAUGUUGAUGUUGGAAUUUAUGAGCUUUUAAUGCCAUUGUAUUACCCAAGAUCUAAAGAUGAGGAAGAAUAUGCAUGCUUUAAUUUACCAAGGGACAUUGGUGGUGAGAAUGGAGAACCUUUCAUUCCUGAAAGACAAAUGAGGAUUGUAGAACGACCUUUUCAUGCUCUUGAUGAGGUGGAAGAAAGUGUGGAUUUAGCUGCUGAACUGGAGUCUUCUGUAUGCAUUGGAAAAACAGCUUUUGCUAAAAUGCAUGGUGACUUAGAUAGACAUAAAAAUUCCACUGCUAAAAGCACAGUGGAUAUUCUCACUUCCGAAGUAACAAGGAAAACAAGGUAUGAAAGGCUGCUUCGUAAAGCCAGAAAUGAAGAUUUACGUUCAAUUGCAAAUUUGGGAUGCUUAUAUCAUAGUGGAGAAGAUAGAUAUGGUAGACCUGUUGUUGUUUUUAUUGGUGAAAGAUUCAAAGUCAAUCAACUGGAUUUGAAUAAGGCUGUUAUGUAUCUGGUUUUGACCUUGGAUUCAAUUGUUCAGAAAGAUUAUAUUGUGGUGUAUUUCCAUACUCUUACAACCAAUGAAAAUAAUCCGUCCUUAUCUUUCUUAAAAGAUGUAUAUAGCAUAUUGGAAUAUAAAUAUAAAAAGAAUUUAAGAGCUUUUUAUAUUGUUCAUCCUACAUUUUGGAGCAGGCUAAUGGCUUGGUGGUUCACUACAUUCACUGCAUCAUCAAUAAAGAACAAAGUACAACUAUUAGGAGGUGUUGAAUACCUUUAUCACCUUAUUCCUCCAGAUCAAUUAGAAAUUCCUUCUUUCAUUCUGGAUUAUGAUUAUAAGGUGAAUGGUAUUAGAUAUUGCCAACCAACACAAUCAUCCACGUCAUGAAUUACUUCUACCUUGAAAGAUGGAAAUACUCAUUCCUGAAUGAACUUUAAAAAUGAGCUUGUUAAAUUUUUAAUAUUUUUUGUAAUCUUAAAAAAUAAAUAUUUG